CACAGUACACUUGGCAGGGGCAGGGAUGGUCCGCAGUGAUCCAGAAGACUUCAGGCUAGAAGGCUACGACAUCGCCGCCAAGGCUUUUGCUUGCAGCAAGCUUAGAGAAGAUCAGUUGCUCGUUAAAGAAUUUGUAGAAAGUAGAUAAGAAAUGAAGAAGAUGCUUUGCGAAGUUGAUCUGGUGAUCAUGCCCUCGCGGGCUGAGGGCUUCGGUCUUGUUGCCCUUGAGGCUCUCUCCGUAGGUCUUCCUGUUCUUGUGGGCAAAAAUUCAGGCUUUGCUCAGGCCAUAACAGACUUGCCGUAUGGUAAGUCAUGCAUUGUUGAUUCAGAGGAACCUGAGAAAUGGGCAACUGCAAUCACAACUGUGCAACAAGAGCAUAGCGAAUACUUACAGAAGAUAAAGGACCUACGUGAAGCAUAUGGGAAGAAAUACAGCUGGGAAGAGCAGUGUGAAGCUCUUGUUGACAAGAUGAGGGAGAAACUGAAAGAUAGAAAAUGCAGCAGUGCUAGUCCGGCGGGAAAUGCAGGUGCAGUAUUGAAGCGAGAACGUAGAAAUUAGUUGGAAGACAUUGCAACUGGAUUGCACCAAAUGUACUCUUCUGUUCAUAUUCAGUAACAAAGGAUCAGUCUUGGAGAAUAUUUUGACGUGUUCACGAGUAUACGGGCGUUGAGUAUCCCAACGAACUACAAGCAGGAGAAGAAACUGGACUGGAGCGGGACAAGAAAAAACUGAAGGCAAAAUGGCAGCACACAAAUGUAUACGGUGGAAUAGUCGCAAAGGCCGAUGGUGCUUUCCGUUGGUUUGGUGACAUUCUCUGUGGGUCAGAACUUCUAUGGAAUUCCUCUUAGAACAUCCAAACUCUUGUACGCAUGUGUGUAUUUUCUACACAGAUUUGUCUUAGAUCGCCUUCCAAAUUAUGCUGCAGUUAUUUGAAACCAUCCAUCCCUUCUCUAAUCUUUAUUUUCUUUUAA